AUGGUUGCUGUCACCCGAGAAAUUAUAGACUACCUUCCUCUAAAUAUAAGAAAUCCGAGAAAAGAUAUACAGAAUGAACUUUCGGGUUUUGUCGACCUGCCAUACCUGGGAACCAGGUUACCAUUAACGCCGUCGCCUGAAGCUCACAGAGGAUAUUUCGCCAAUGUUUCGCCUACGUCCUACAGUGGAGUCAGUGCUUUGCCUUACCAUUCCCUUCAGCAGUGCUACGGCCAGCACAACGGCGUCGCGACCCCAAUGCUCUCUCCUCCUCCUGAGAAGCCGGUUACGCCGCCGAAGGAUGUGCAGACGCGUCCCUGGUGGAGCACGAGCGUUUCCACGACACCAACGUCACACAUCCCCCACAGCUUCCGCCAUCCUCAGUAUGCCAGUCCAACGGUACCACCAACAGGUCAAGCAACUCCUCCGUUUCUUCAAUCCCUCCCGAUUGCCGUUGCGCAGGAUUCCGUUUCGCACCAUCCAAAUGCCAUCGCCUCUGCUCUCCUCAACGCGCAGUCAUCCGUCAGCGUUCGGCGUUGUCGACGAUGCCGUUGCCCCAACUGUCUGAAUGCCCCACGAGACGGUUCAGGUGCCAAGAAGAGGGAGCACGUUUGCCACAUUCCCGGGUGCGGCAAAGUGUACGGCAAAACGUCCCACCUCAAGGCUCACCUCGGUCCCAUGCCGGAG